AAUCGACAUUUCGGUAUUUAUGUCUGCUGCGGUCACACAGCACACAGUAAACAGUUUUAGAUUUUAUCGUGUGUGUGCAAUUCGUGGAAGAAAAUUUGAACCGUGCGCUGGGCCGUCGCGGCAAAGCGACCCACAUAAAGAAAGCGAACAGCAGGGCAAAGCAAAACCAAGAGAAGUGCUCAUAAAUACACCGACCAACACACACAAACAAAAACACAUACAAGCAGACACACAUAAGACGUAUACAUCGAGUGAAAGAGUGUGCUAAUUAAGUAUUCGGAUCAUGGACGAUGCCAACAUACAGGACAAGGAGCGCUUUGCUAGCCGCGAGAAUCACUGUGAAAUCGAACGACGCCGUCGCAACAAAAUGACCGCGUACAUAACGGAACUCUCAGACAUGGUGCCUACCUGCAGCGCGUUAGCACGCAAGCCCGACAAGCUGACCAUCCUGCGCAUGGCAGUGGCUCACAUGAAGGCGCUGCGCGGGACUGGAAACACCAGCAGCGAUGGCACCUACAAGCCCUCCUUCCUCACAGACCAGGAACUGAAGCAUUUAAUCCUGGAGGCAGCCGAUGGUUUCCUAUUUGUCGUCUCCUGCGAUUCGGGUCGGGUGAUUUAUGUCUCUGACUCAGUGACUCCGGUACUCAACUACACACAAAGCGAUUGGUACGGCACCAGCCUGUACGAGCACAUUCAUCCAGACGAUAGGGACAAGAUACGCGAACAGCUGUCCACGCAGGAAUCCCAGAAUGCGGGUCGCAUUCUCGAUCUGAAGUCGGGCACUGUCAAGAAGGAGGGCCAUCAGUCCAGUAUGCGUUUAAGCAUGGGAGCCCGUCGUGGCUUCAUCUGUCGCAUGCGCGUUGGCAACGUCAAUCCCGAUGCUAUGGUCUCUGGACAUUUGAACCGCCUGAAGCAACGCAAUUCGCUGGGCCCUUCCCGUGAUGGAUCCAAUUAUGCUGUGGUCCACUGCACAGGCUAUAUCAAGAACUGGCCACCCACGGAUAUGUUUCCCAAUGUUCACAUGGAACGUGACGUGGACGACAUGGCGUCCCACUGCUGCCUGGUGGCCAUUGGCCGACUGCAAGUAACCUCAACGGCGGCCAAUGAUAUGACCGGCAGCAACAACCAGAGCGAGUUCAUCACACGCCACGCCCUAGAUGGUAAAUUUACGUUUGUUGACCAGCGUGUGCUGCACAUCCUCGGCUAUACGCCCACCGAGCUGUUGGGCAAAAUCUGCUACGACUUCUUUCACCCGGAGGACCAGAGCCACAUGAAGGAGAGCUUCGACCAGGUGCUCAAGCAGAAGGGACAAAUGUUCUCGCUGCUGUAUCGUGCGCGGGCCAAGAGCUCCGAGUUCGUUUGGCUGCGCACCCAGGCCUAUGCGUUCCUCAAUCCCUACACAGAUGAGGUGGAGUACAUUGUGUGCACGAAUAGCUCCGGGAAGACCCUCCAUGGCGCCACUCCCGAGCAGCAGCAGCAGCAACAGCAGCAGGUGGAGCAGCAGCAACAUGUCUAUGUACAGGCGCCGGGUGUGGAUUAUACACUGCAGCCGCCUCGACGUGAGAUUACGCCAACUGGCGGCGAUGCAGGCAUCUAUCAGAUGCAUAUGCAGGCGCCCCCGCCGCGACCCGCUUCGGCGCAGAAUACACCGGUGGCUUAUAGCUACGAUGCUACGCACUCACCGUAUGGAGCGGCAACAGGUGGAGGUGGCGGCGGUCCCUCACCUCUGGCCAAGCUGCCCAAGUCGGGCACUUCGCCCACGCCUAAUGCCUGGGGCGCACGUCCUAUGGCCGCGCAGCAGCAGCCGCAACCCACUGCCACCGAGGGGUAUCCAGCCUAUCAGCAGAGCAGUCCGGCCCGCUCCCCGAGUGGCCCCACCUACACGCAGCUCAGUGCCGGCAAUGGACAGCAGCAGCAACAACAACAACAGCAGCAGCAGCAACAACGUCAACAACAGCAGCAACAGGCUUCGGCUUAUCAAACGGCACCAACGGCAACACCUUGGGAUUGGCAGAAUGCAGCGGCAUCACAUCCGGCGCAUCCGCAUCCCCAUCCGCAUCCGCAUCCGCAUGCUCAUCAUCCACAUGCACAUACGCAUGCGCAUCCAGGCGCCGCCGUUGCAGGGGGCGCACAGCAGCCUCAGGGUCAGGAGUUCUCAGACAUGCUGCAGAUGCUCGAUCACAGCGCUACAACAACAUUUGAGGAUCUAAAUAUUAACAUGUUUAGCACGCAAUUCGAGUGAAUGUAAUGCGAAUCCCUCCAUAUCUCUAUUUCUCUCUCUUAAACCUACAUUAUUCGGAACUCCUUCUGGUAGGGAUGAGCGCGUGUCUUACUCCGUAAUUUUUAGUAUUAAUAUUUUGCAAAUUCCAAUUUUCAAAGCCAAUCGUAUUUGCUCGUGACACGCGCUAAUCUCCAGUUGUCGACACAAAGCUCAGUUUUUAAUUAUUUUUCAAGUGCAAUCUAUAAGAGAAACAUUUUCUACAAAAUUGUUGAAAUAUUUUAGCCAGCAUACAAAUACAUAUUGCCUAUGUACAAACGCUUCAAGUCAGAAGAUAUAAAGCGAAACAAAUGAAAUUGUAAUCUCGUAAAUAGGCACUUAGGUACAUAACGGUAGUCACGUACCGUACACGCUCUCGAUAUCGAUAUCAUUGCUUGCUUCCACAUGAAAAGCCGCCAAUCCGCACAUAACAGACACACAUACAAACAUAUUCAGAGACAAGACCCCUGCCUCUGCCUCUGCCAAGCAGUGUAAAAGUAUUUGAAAUAGCUGUAAAUCAACGACACUCAUUAUGCAAAUUGCAAAGUUCAUUAACGAACAAAUGAACACAAUUUUUAUAAAUAUAUACAUACAUAUAUACAUAAUUAAAUACUUACAAGUGUAAUUUCUAGACUAAUAAACAACACAAUUCUAAUUGUAAGCACUGGCAUACAAACACACACACAUACACAAACAAUUGGCCGCGCUCUUCGUCUCUUAUCCACACACACUAACACAUUCGCAUAUUGCGCUGCAACAUUGACACCAAUUUUUUGUUGUCGCUCAGUUUUUGCUAUGUAUUUUUCAUGCGGAAAAGCAGUUCAAGUGCACAUACUGAAAAGAAUAAUUGCUUAAUUUCCAUUUUUUCCGACAAAUUUGCUAAAAAGUGCAAGCUUAACUUUGAACAGUCGCGGAUAAAAUAACAUGGCAGCUACAAAUUGACGCAUUACAUACAUACUAUUUCCAUUUUAUAGUUUUAGACACACAAAUUAGCGAAUAAAGCGUAUGGCAAACAAA